UGGAUGGCUGGUUUCAGAGCAAAACCAUAUGGCCACAGUUUGUCACUGGAUAUUUUUCCCCACCAUGGAUACAGAGUUAAUGGAGCACCUAUGGAGAGCCCCAGUACUCUUGUUGCUGGCAACGGUGUCUCUCAGUCUGGGCACAAAGUUCACCCUGCUGAUCUCCUUGCCCAACACCUCCAUUCCUUUCAGUGUUGGCCGGAUUGGGGCUGGAGCUCUCAUCGCCAUCAGUGCCGUAAACAGCAGUCCAGACCUUCUGCCAGGUCAUCAACUGGACUACCAUUAUGUGGAUGAUGAAUGCAAUGAUUUGCGUGGCCCAGGGAAGAUUGUAGAGCUUUACCACAGACACAAAUACAGUGCUUUCAUCGGCCCGUCUUGCUCAAAUGUUUGUGCUGUGACUGCUAAACUAGCAGCUUAUUGGAACAUUGCUGUCAUCAGCCCCAUAUGUGCAGAACAACAGUUUCUGGAUAAGACGGUCUACCCAACACUAACAAGAGUGUUUGGACCUUUUACUAAACUAGGAGCUUUCUUUGUGGAGAUCUGUAAGCAGUUUGGCUGGCAGCGCAUCGGCAUUAUCCAUGAUAGCAAACCAGCCUGGAAUAUUCCAGCUGAGGGGAUCAGGUACAAAGCAGAGCACAAUAACAUCACAGUGGCCAAAUAUAUAGAGAUCAAUGGUUCGCUCUCUCAAGGGUCUUUGCCGACAACCUGGUCCUGGGUCCUAACAGAGAUAGCUGAAGUUUCCCAUGUAAUUGUGAUAUCAGCACGUGGCGAGGUGGUCCGCAGCUUGCUAAUUGAAGCUCACAAGAAAGGCCUGACCAAUGGAGAUUUUGUUUUCUUCUGUUUUGAGCCGUACAGGCUAAAAGAGUUGUUUGGGAAUUUUGACUGGAAACAAGGUGAUGAUUUUGACUCAGUGGCAAGGCAAGCCUACCAGGCCUUAUUUUUCCUGUCUCUGUAUAAACCUAGUGAUGAACGGUACAGGGCAUUCUCAGAGAGUGUCAUCAGAAGAUCCAAAAAAGAUUUUGGCUAUACGUAUGCCCCUGAUGAAAAGGUGUCAGUGCUUGCAGCCAUAGCCCAUGACAGUGUCUGGCUCUAUGCCCAGGCAUUAAACGAAACCUUGGCAGAAAAUGGAAACCCAUAUGAUGGCUUUGCCAUCACCAGACGAAUGUGGAACAGGACCAUUACAGGUAUCCAAGGAGACGUAACUAUGGAUGCAAGUGGAGAUCGUGAAUCAGGAUAUAUGAUGAAACACAUUCAGGGUAGUGAUAACCAAUUUCAGGUCAUUGCAAACUACUUUGGGACUGAUAAGGUCUAUGAGCCAGUAAAAGGGGUUCAGGUCACCUGGCCAGGAGGUCGGACAACUCCUCCGAAAGACUCUCCAGAUUGUGGCUUUAGGGGAGAACUCUGCAUUAAUCUGGAGAGAAAGAUCUCGAUUGCUGUGGGGAUUAUUGCUGGCUUGGUGGCCACGGGUACUCUUGCAAUCUGUGUUUUAUACAGAAAGUACAAACUCCAGGAAGAAGCAUCCAAGAUGCUGUGGACAAUCAGUGCUGAUGAUGUCAUAAUGAUGGAGCAUCACUUCUCGACCUGGCCAACAAAGACCCACAGAUCAAAAUCUAUUCAGGCUUCUUUGGAGUCAAUAAUUUGCAGCAUGCAAGACAAGCCAUCAGCACACAGAACUGCAGUCUACAAAGGGACAGUCUGUUCUGUUUGCUUUCUGAACACACGGAGUGCUCAUCUGAGCAGCGAGCUACUGGCUGAGCUCAAACAGUGCAGAGAUCUGACCCACUAUAACAUUUGUAAAUUUAUUGGAGCCUGCCUGGAGACCCCUCAACCUUUCAUUCUCACAGAGUACUGCCCUAAAGGAAGCCUGCAGGACAUUUUGAAGAAUGAGUCUAUUAAGCUGGACUGGAGUUUUAAGUAUUCCCUCAUGCUGGACAUUGUAAAGGGCAUGGACUAUUUGCAUCAUAGUCCCCUGCACUCUCACGGUCAUCUCUCCUCAUCGAGCUGUGUGGUAGACAGUCGCUUUGUCUUGAAGGUCACUGAUUUUGGACUCAGUGAUCUCAGGUGUUCAGACAGGGAGCAGAGCCCCGUUUCUGACCCCUGGAUCGCUCUGCUGUGGAGGGCACCUGAGUUGCUGAGGCACUCCAUGCCUGCUAAAGGUACUCAAAAAGGGGACAUUUACAGUUUUGCCAUCAUUGCUCAAGAUGUGGUAUAUCGCAGAGGGCCUUUUUACAUCCCUAACAGCCCCUUCACUGCCAAAGAGAUUGUGGAGAGGGUAAGGGCAGGCGGCUGUAACCCACUGAGGCCACACACAGACAGAGUGGAGUGUGAAGAGGAGCUGGAGGGUCUUCUGGCCAGCUGCUGGAGAGAGAAACCUGCAGAGAGACCGGACUUCUCCUCUCUUAGGACUGCCAUCAAGAAAUUCUGCCCUAAUGGAGGGUCUGAGAACAUUUUAGAUAACCUUCUGUCCCGUAUGGAACAGUAUGCGUGUAAUCUUGAAGAGAUAGUCAGCGAGCGAACCGCUCAACUCCAGGAAGAGAAGAAGAGAGCAGAGGGACUACUCACACAGAUGUUGCCAAAAUCUGUAGCUGUGCAGCUCAUAGCGGGAAAGACAGUGAGAGCUGAGACGUACGACUGCGUCACCAUCUAUUUCAGUGACAUUGAAGGCUUCACUGCCAUGUCAGCUUCCCUCACACCAAUGCAGGUUGUGAACGUGCUGAAUGACUUGUACACGUACUUCGACAAUAUCAUUGACAACCACAAUGUUUAUAAGGUUGAAACCAUUGGUGAUGCCUAUAUGGUAGUGUCAGGCCUGCCUAUAAGAAAUGGAGACGACCACGCAAAAGAAAUAGCUAGAAUGUCUUUAGCUAUAGUGCAGGGCAUGAGGAGCUUCCACAGCCCACACAUAUCUCAACAGCAGCUGAGAGUCCGCAUUGGAGUCCAUUCAGGGCCCUGUGUUACAGGGGUUGUGGGUCUGAAAAUGCCACGCUACUGUUUAUUUGGAGACACCGUGAACACCGCCUCCAGGAUGGAGACAUAUGGAUUACCACUGAGAAUCCAUGUGAGCAGUUCCACCAAGUCUCUCCUUGACACUUUCAAGACUUUUCAUUGUGAACUGAGAGGUGACAUCCAAAUAAAGGGAAAGGGCUGGGUGAGAACGUUCUGGCUUUUGGGAGAGGACCAGUAAACUAAAUGUUCUUCUAAAAAGUAUUUCCUCCCCUUUUUUUUUAUAGCCAACUAAUGUAUAUAAUGUUACUUUGUUUUUAUGCAACAGUUAGUUCUGGCUCUUUGUAAUCUGAUUGGACAAGACUCAUUCCAAGAGUGCUAAUAUUUACUAUAGUAUAACAGCACUGGAACGCUUGACCGUUUGUAUCGGUACGCUUGUCCGUGUUUGCGGCAUUCCAGACAAGCUGUCAGUCAGUGCAUUUACACACACAAUGGUUGAUCCUGCUUUGGCUUCCUUUUGAACUAUUUUUUAUUAGCAGACGAAUAAUAGAAAAAAAUAACUGUCCAUAUUGUGUAUAAAAUGUAAAUUAUUCAAUAUUUUUGCUUAUAUAACAGUUAGUUCCGGUCUUCGAAUCUGAUUGGACUAGAGGCAUUGCAAGAGUGUUGAUAUAGUAGUCAUAUCAGCUCUGGUAUCCUUCACUGUUUGUACCAGUCCACUUAUGUUCAUGGCAUUCCAAACUAUAGUCUAAGAGCAGUUCAGAUGUGUAUGAGCAUUUUGAUUCAUCCCUGUGACAUCAAAUAUUUCAGCCAGCAGGUGACAACAAAAGACCAUCUUUUAUGUGUGUAUGUGUUUGAGCAUGUCGAGUUGGCGUUUAGAGAGACUGCGUUGUGAGUCAGUGCGCAAGUUUCAUUGACGUCAUUGUCUCUCACUCCAAGAUCACUCAGAUUCUUACUACACUAUAGCUGAGAAAUAAAGCUAAACUAACAGCUUCAGCAUUACUGCCGAUCACAGCUGAGUGUCGCGACAGAUGGAAUAAUCAAAAGCGCUCAGGAUGCCUACCUGAUACCCAAAGUUUCAGAGUUGGGAGGAUACGUAAAUUGUCAACAUGGCAGAGAAGAGUCUGGUUUCUGUGUCAGUGUUAAAAUUAGAGUUCCCCAAGAUAUAUACAAGAAUGACACUGGCGUCCCUCAUGUUUUCUCUCUGACAACAAAACACUUGAACAUGAGUGAAAUACUUGUAGGAUAUUUCCCAUAGCACGUCCGAUAGUAAGCAUCACUUCACGAUCACUCGGAGCGGAUUACUACAGCAUUAAUGCUGAUGAAUAUAGAUAAACUAACAGCUUCAGCAUUACUGUUCAUCACACCGCAGGUAAUCACACGCUCAGUCGCUCUCUCUCUCUCUCUCUCUCUCUCUCUGUCAUUCACACAAAUGCACACAUCCUUGGUUCUUGCUACUCUAAUAACUUGUUAGAAACUGCCCUAGCCGUCAUUACUUGUUCUAAAGUGAUGCUUUUGAAAGCUUGGGUGCAUCUUUUGAAUUAGCAACGCAGAUUCUCAUGCAUGAUGGAAGAAAGUAGUUCCGCACACAGUUGGGUUUUUUGGGACAGUCCUUAGUGUUUCUUAGUUGUUUAUUGCUUGUUCAUUGAAUUGUUGUAUAAAAAGCAAUAUCACACUCACAAUCAUGCUGUUGCACUAAAUAUCAGCACUCUUGCUCUUGUGAAAUGGACGGUUUGCUGUAUUGUAGGUCACAGAUUAUUUAUUGCUAUAUCAGUAGCAAAGUAGUGUUUUCUCUAUUACAGAAUUCUGUCCAAAUGACAUUUUUCUUCAAAUUAUUAUUAUUAUUGUUAUUAUUAUUUUUUUAUUUAUUUUUUAUUAGCUCAUCUCUGAAUUGCAUGUAGACAUGUUUAUUGGCAUUCUUACCAGCUUAUCCAGUGUGCACAAAUGCUGUGUGCAUGCUUGUUCACAUUUUGAUAUCAAAAGCAGGGAAUAACCCAAUGAUUUCCAAUCUCAUGUAAACACUGUUUUCUUGAUUUGUUUGAUUUUUUUGAAAAGGCAGAUUUUUGGUAGUCAGCAUACUGGUGUGCAUAUAAACACUCACUGUCUAGUAACAAAGUUCUAGUAUAAUACUUAUCCACAAUGUUGAUUGGGCUGGAACGGAAUGGAAGAUAGCAUCAAAAAUAUCUGAUUUGUUCUUAUUUAUUUAUUUAAUUAUUCAAUUGUGUUUUGUUUAUAACAUUGUAAAAGUCACUGUGCAAUGUAUGUAUUUUUGCACAUUAUAACAACAUUGUUUCCAUCCAUAUCAAAUUGUCACAAUAAAUUCUGUCAUUUCUACUCAUUUUUUUAUUUGUUUCAUUUUAUUAAUUGGUAAUUAAAUUCAAUGUAAUGAACUUACCAAUGCAGGUUGUAGCUUUUGCUUUGACUUUACAUGAAAAUUUAAGGCAGCAAUUUAACU